AUGGACGUUUUUAGUCUUUUUGCGUACAUUUUUCUAUUUGGAUUACGAAACGUUAUUGAAGUUUGUGCAAGCACGUUGACGUUUCCUUUAAACGACGGCAAUAAAAUACCAGCCAUCGCCCUUGGUACCAGCUUAGGGCAUCUGUCUGAUGGUACCCGUGUACUGCCUGUGAACCAUUCCCUUGCUCGUGCUGUGCAAUGGGCGUUGAAUGCCGGUUACAAACACAUUGAUACGGCUACUUUAUACCGCGUAGAGGAUGAAGUGGGCUUGGGCAUUCGUAACUUUCUCAAUGCCACACGCGGCGAUCGCCGCGACAUAUACGUGACGACAAAGUUAUGGAACGACGCUCACGAAAAGGAGGACGUGAUACCAGCAUUAAGGAAGUCACUGCAGGAGCUUCAAUUGGAAACGUCGACUUGUACC